AUGGGCGACUACAUCCUCCACCUGGUGCUGGCCGACCUCUUCCUUCUCUGCUCGGCCACACUGACUGUUCUGGAUGCCAGGUCCCAAGUGAACCACCUGGGCCACCGGGCGGUGAAAAGCGUCAAGUACCUGGCCUACACCGCGGGCCUGAGCCUGCUGACGGCCGCCAGUGCCCAGCCCUGCCUCUCUAUCCUCUUCCCCACCUGGUACCACAGCCACCGGCACACACGCCUGUCGGGCCUGGAGUGCGCCAGGCUCUGGCUGCUGUCCCUCAUGGUGACCAUGCUGGCCUCGUUCUUCCACGAGGAGCCGGGGAACCCCCACCUGCGCCAGGGCCCCAUGGUGAACACCGUCUUCCACAUCCUCACGCUGGUCGGCUUCACGCCCAUCAUGGUCCUGUCCGGCGUGGUCCUCUUCAUCCAGCUUCGGAAAAGCUCCCGGCCGUGGCAGUGGCAGCCCACGCGGCUGUACGUGGCCCUCCUGGCCUCGGUCUUCGUGUUCCUCAUCUGCGCCCUGACCGUCGGCAUCCCCAGGUUCAUCCUCCACCCGCUGCACCCGCCCCAGCAGACCAAGACUCUCUUCAGCAGCUUCGAAUGCCUCCUCUCGUCCCUGAGUAGUGACGCCAAACCCAUCAUCUACUUCCUGGCGGGCAGUCGGGGCAGCCAGAGCAUGCGGGAGCCGCUGAGCGCCGUGCUCGGCAGGGCGCUGCAAGAGGAGCCCGAGCAGGAGGGAAAGGAGAUGCCCUCCAGCGGCACCAACCAGGUGGGGGUCUGA